ACUUAUAUAUGUACAUUAGGUUUCAUUUCUCUCCAAGGAAAAAACUUGUACAGAUAUGAAAGACAGCAAGCAAAGGACAUUUGGAUCAACCGCUACUACUGCUACUACUGCAACCAUGGAUGUGAGUAAUAAUAAACGCAUAUUCUUGAAACUAGCUGCUAGGGAGAUCCUUAAGAAGCUGAAUAGUGGGAGUAGUUAUCAAGAUCUGUUACUUCUUCGUCGUCGGCUUCGGCAGUAUUACUUUCUCUACUUCUCUAAGCUCAAUAUUAACGUACGUUCAUCAUCAUCGACGUCGCCUAACUUGCAUUUGAGGAUGGCUCAUCGUGAAGGAGCGGUCGAAAUGGAGUUGGAGCCUCAUGAAUGUUUACCUGCAGAGAAAGAAACAGCUGAUGAUCAUAAUGGUGGUACUGCUGCUACACCUAAUACCAUAACUCGUGUGGAGAGAAUGAAUCCGGAAGAUAUAAUGAUGAUGCAAAUGCGGGAGUAUGAAGCAGAUGAACCUUACAAGGAGAUUUUGUCAGCAUCAACAUCAUCGUUGUCAUCAAGGCUUCAGUUUAUGCCAUCUAUCAAGAUACGAAAAAAAACGGAAGAUUCCAUACUGAUAGACACAGUUGUUCAGAAAGACGUAUCACCAACAUCAACCCUAUUUGGUGUUCUAGAAGAAGAAAAACUUGAUAUAGUUUUCGAACGUCAAUAUAGAACUGAAACCCAAGUAUCUCAUACCAUCCAGGUAAAAGUGCGACCAGACUACGAUCUGCAUGAUUUGGAAAACAAGCUUCGCACUUGGGCAGGAUUUUCUACCUAAAGAUCCACACGUACUCAAGAAUUGAGCCUAUAUAUGAUAUCAUUUUUGCGUUAAUGUAAUCUUUGAUUUAGGAGGGCACUUCCCUCGAGAUAUAUCCAUGCAUGAAUUCAUAGUUUACUGUCAUUAUAUUUAAGUUUCGGUUUAUUUGGUCAA